UUGCUAGCUUAGUUAGCUUGUUGCUAGCGUCGGCUGCUUUAAAAUAGAAAAUACAGAUAUUAUGGUAUAUAGUACCUAUACCGUUUUGUGUAACGCUUAGUUAAGCUGACAAAUUUGCGUAUGAAGUACUUCCGGGGCGAUUUUGUAACACUGAAACGCCACACACCGUGCCACUGAGCGGUUUUGUCCCUGCUGACCUGUGACCGGUCCCCGCCUCCAUGUUUACUGCCGUAGUGGUUGCUGUUAUUGCUGGUGGGGGGGUUCUGUUCCUUUUGCGCCGCCUCUUCCCCAGCCAGAAAGCCAUGAAGCUGCUACAGUAUCCAGCGGACACGAUGCAUGGAAAGACGGUCAUCGUGACCGGGGUUAACAGCGGGAUAGGGAAGGCCCUGGCCGGGGAGCUGCUGAAGCUCCAGGCCCGGGUCAUCAUGGCCUGUCGGGACCAGCGCAGCGCCGAAGAAGCAGCCCAGGAAAUCAAGACACAGGCCGGACCAGAGCAAGGGGAGGUGGUCAUCAAACACCUGGACCUUGCAUCGCUUAGAUCAGUUCGCAAAUUUUGUGAAGAGAUUAAGGAGGAGGAAUCCAAGAUUGAUGUGCUCAUCAACAAUGCAGGCAUCUACCAGUGUCCCUACACAAAGACAGAGGAUGGUUUUGAGAUGCAGCUCGGUGUGAAUCACCUGGGCCACUUCCUCCUCACUCACCUCCUGCUGGACCUCCUGAAGACGUCCGCUCCCAGCCGCAUCGUUGUGGUUUCCUCCAAGCUUUACAAGUAUGGCCACAUCAACUUUGACGACCUGAAUAGUGAAAAUAACUAUGAUAAGGCCUUCUGCUACAGUCAGAGCAAGUUGGCCAACCUGCUGUUUACGCUUGAACUGGCUCGCCAGCUGGAAGGCACUGGGGUCACAGUCAAUGCUCUCACCCCGGGUAUCGUGAGGACCAGACUCGGCAGGCAUGUUGAAAUCCCUUUCCUGGCAAAGCCGCUGUUCAACCUCGCCUCAAUGGUCUUUUUCAAGAGUCCACUGGAGGGGGCCCAGACCCCUCUCUAUCUGACCUGCUCACCUGAGGUGGAGGGAGUGUCGGGGAAGUGUUUCGCUAACUGUGAGGAGGAGGAGCUGAUGCCCAUAGCCACAGAUGACCAGGCAGCCAAGAAGCUGUGGGACAUAAGCAGGAGGAUGGUUGGACUCACUGACUGAGUCGAGUCCUGUGUUGUGGACGGUAUUGUUUGUUCUUGGACAAAAUACAUAAUCUCUAGCAGCCCCACAGAUAUUAUUCUGUGAGAGAUGGCUCGUGAAAAGAACAAUUGCCAACUUGGGGAUAUAAUUAUUAAAUGACUGACAUAUUGUGCCAAUGAAGUGUGUAAAUUAAGAGUCUGUGAGGAAAAGUGCUGAGUGUACAUUGCAGUGAGUUGAUCAGAGAAUGUGCUUUGAAUUAAAAAUUGUACCAUGAGCAUCCACAUGAA